AAGAAAUCAUUUCCGCUCUAAGACUUCUGUCUGGGCGCUUCGCUUAAAGUUCAAGGUCUCGAGUUCUCCCCCGACUCCCACUAUCGCAUCUCUAUGGUUCCGGUCCCACUUUCCCUUGGGGCCGGAAGUGGCGCAGCGUCGACGGCUGAGCGAAGUCGAAGGACUUAGGGAGGCUGCGAUCUUAACUGCGGCAAAAUGCCAUCAUCUAAACAACUGGCUGACUUUGGCUACAAGGCCUUCUCUGCCUCCAUGAUGUUGCUCACCGUGUAUGGCGGCUUCCUGUGUAGUGCCCGGGCCUAUCGCUACUUUCAGCAUCGUGGUGUCCUACGGCAGGCAGCUGAAGAACAAAAGGCUCAAAGUAUUCUGCAGGACUGAAGAUAUCAUCCUACCUCAGAAUGGUCUGUGGCCUGAGGCACGCCAUAGAACACCUGAAAUUAUUUGCAUGGAAGGGUAAUUGCCAGCCCUAGCCUGGGAAUCUCUAUGGCGUCCAUCCUUGGUCGGCGGAAUGUAUUGACAUGUUCCUUGCCCUGAGUUUUGAGUGACAUUGGAUCAUGACAAGAGGGGUGACAGUGAAAAACAAUAAUAUAAAGACAUUAAGUUUGGUUUGCCAUUUCAGGCUUUUGGUACUUGUUUACUUGUGUUGGGGAUUAUUCUGUUUGAUCAGGGCAGAAUCACAGAGAUAAUAAAAGCUCAGCUUCCUAA